AUGUCUGGUGCUAAUACUAAAAGAACACUUGUGGAAAUAGAGAACUCUGCUGAUCCUCACAAGAAGGCAAAAGUAAUUGCUGGAUCAGAUUCAACACCACAAGGAACAAUUGAAAAUUUACAUCAUGAAGCUCAUUCUUUACCUGUUGCCUUACAAUCAAGUCAAGAUGAUCAACAUAUUCAUCAAUCACAAAGUUUCAAAGCUAAGAAUGCUAUGGCUCAAGUGGAACCUUCUAAAUUUGAAAAAGAAUUACUUUCAAUGAGUAAUGAUAUAAAUAUUAAAAAUCAAACUGCUGAAGAUCAAAUAUGGGAAAGACCAACUUUACCUGUGGAUUGGAAACCUGAAACCCAUGAUAUCACAUUCCAACAAUUAGAUGCUGAAGAAGCUUUAACUGAAGGUUCAUCAGCUGUAAGAUUCUUUGGUGUUACUCAAGAAGGUUAUUCAGUUCUUUGUAAUGUUACUGGAUUUUUACAUUAUUUUUAUGUACCUGCACCAUUAAAUUUUAGAAAAGAACAUUUAUUAAGUUUUAAAAAUUAUUUACAGCAAAGUUUUGAAGGUGUAUUGGAUAUAGAAUUAUGUUUUAAAGAAUCUAUUUGGGGUUUUAAUGGGAAUCAAAAAGUUUGCUUUUUGAAAAUUAUUGGUGUAAAUGCUAAAGAUAUACCCAAAAUUAGAUCUGGUUUUGAAAAAGGUAUGGUUUCAUGGAAUGGGAUGUUUAAUUCAAAUGGUGAUGGGACAAUGACUUAUGAUAAUAUUCAAUAUUUAUUAAGAUUAAUGAUUGAUUGUAAAAUUACCGGUAUGAGUUGGAUUACAUUACCAAAAGGAACAUAUACCCCAGUGGAAACUGGUUUGAAAACUUCAAGAUGUCAAUUAGAAGUCAACAUUGAUUAUAAAAGUUUAAUUUCACAUCCUCCAGAAGGUGAAUGGCUUAAAAUGGCUCCUUUACGUAUUUUAUCAUUUGAUAUUGAAUGUGCUGGUAGAAAGGGGAUUUUUCCUGAAGCUGAACAUGAUUCAAUCAUUCAAAUUGCAAAUGUUGUAUCAAGAUCAGGUGAAUCAAGACCUUUUGUUCGUAAUGUUUUCACUGUUAAUUCAUGUUCUCCAAUCACAGGUUCUGAAAUCUUUGCACAUGAAGAUGAAAGAGAUAUGUUAUUAGAAUGGAAAGAUUUUGUUAAUAAAGUUGAUCCUGAUGUUAUUAUUGGUUAUAAUACCACAAAUUUUGAUUUACCAUAUUUAUUGGAUCGUGCUAAGGCUCUUGGGUUAAGAGAUUUCCCAUAUUUUGGUAGAUUAAUAAAUAUCAAACAAGAGGCAAAAGAUUCUGUUUUCAGUUCAAAAGCUUAUGGUACAAGAGAAUCAAAAUCUAUAAAUAUUGAUGGUAGAAUGCAAUUAGACUUAUUACAAUUCAUCCAAAGAGAAUAUAAAUUAAGAUCUUAUACAUUAAAUUCAGUUUCUGCACAUUUUUUAAAUGAACAAAAAGAAGAAGUUCAACAUUCAAUUAUUACAGAUUUACAAAACGGUAAUAGUGAAACAAGAAGAAGAUUAGCUGUUUAUUGUUUAAAAGAUGCUUAUUUACCAAUGAGAUUAUUAGAAAAAUUAAUGUGUCUUGUUAAUUAUACUGAAAUGGCAAGAGUUACUGGUGUUCCAUUCUCUUUCUUAUUAACAAGAGGUCAACAAAUUAAAGUUAUUUCUCAAUUAUUUAGAAAAUGUUUAGAAAUUGAUCUUGUUGUUCCAAAUUUACAACAAGGUGGAUCUUCUGAUGUUCAAUAUGAAGGUGCCACUGUUAUUGAACCUCAUAGAGGUUAUUAUGAUGUCCCAAUUGCAACUUUAGAUUUCAGUUCUUUAUAUCCAAGUAUUAUGAUGGCACAUAAUUUAUGUUAUACAACAUUAUUGAAUAAACCAACUAUUGAAAGACUAAAAUUAGAAAAAGAUAAAGAUUAUACUGUUUCUCCAUCUGGUGAUUUUUUCGUUAAAACUUCACAAAGAAAGGGAAUUUUACCAAUAAUUUUAGAAGAAUUAUUAAGUGCAAGAAAAAAAGCCAAAAAAGAUAUGAAAACUGAAACUGAUCCUUUUAAAAGAGAUGUUUUAAAUGGUAGACAAUUAGCUUUAAAAAUUUCUGCAAAUUCUGUUUAUGGGUUUACAGGUGCUACUAUUGGUAAAUUACCAUGUUUAGCUAUUUCUUCAUCAGUUACUGCUUUUGGUAGAGGUAUGAUUGAAAAAACUAAACAAGAAGUUCAAGAUAAAUAUACCAUUGCAAAUGGUUAUGAUUAUGAUUCUGAAGUUAUUUAUGGUGAUACUGAUUCUGUUAUGGUUAAAUUUGGUUAUAAAGAUUUAGAAACUUGUAUGAAAUUAGGUGAAGAAGCUGCAGAUUUUGUUUCAACUAAAUUUUUAAAUCCAAUUAAAUUAGAAUUUGAAAAAGUUUAUUUCCCAUAUUUAUUAAUUAAUAAAAAAAGAUAUGCUGGGUUAUAUUGGACAAAUACUGAAAAAUUUGACAAGAUGGAUACAAAAGGUAUUGAAACUGUUAGAAGAGAUAAUUGUCGUUUAGUUUCAAAUGUUAUUACUAAAAUUCUUGAACUUAUCUUGGAGAAAAGAGAUGUUAAAUCAGCUGAAAAUUUUGUUAAACAAACCAUUGCUGAUUUAUUACAAGAUCGUGUUGAUAUGCAACAACUAGUCAUUACAAAAGCUUUAUCAAGAUCUGAUUAUGCAAAUAAACAACCUCAUGUGGAAUUAGCUGAUAGAAUGAGAAAAAGAGAUGCUGGUUCAGCUCCAACUAUUGGUGAUCGUGUUGCUUAUGUUAUUAUAAAAACUGCAGGUAAUAAAAGUUAUGAAAAAUCUGAAGAUCCAUUAUAUGUUUUAGAACAUAAUUUACCAAUUGAUUCAAAAUAUUAUUUAGAAAAUCAAUUAGCAAAUCCUUUAACAAGAAUUUUUGAACCUAUAUUAGGUGAAAAAAAGGCAAAAGAAUUAUUAACGGGUUCACAUACAAGAACAGUUACAAUGGCAUCAGCAACAACAGGUGGAUUAAUGAGAUUUGUUAAAAAAGUUGAAACUUGUAAAGGUUGUAAAAAUCCAUUACCAAAAAAUAAUCAUGGUGCCUUAUGUGAUAAUUGUAAACCAAAAGCUGGUAAAUUAUAUAGUGAAGCUUUAGCAGGAAUGAAUGCUCUACAAGUUAAAUUUGCAAGAUUAUGGACAAAUUGUCAAAGAUGUCAAGGUUCUUUACAUCAAGAUGUUUUAUGUUCAAAUAAAGAUUGUCCAAUUUUUUAUAUGAGAAAAAAGGCACAAAAAGAUGUUAUUGCCCAAUCUUUAGAACUUCAAAAAUGGAAUGAUACGUUAUGGUAA